GGCGUUUGUGCAGCUCUCCCUCCGAGCUCCUCGCUGAUUGGCGCGUGUGAGGAAAAAAAAAGAACGUGUCUGUCGUCACUUCCGUUCUGGACCUCGAGAUCGCUUCCGGAAGAAGCUGUCUACCUGUUGGAAGUGGACAGAUUUAAACUGGAUGUCUUCAUCUUGGCGCUCUCCAGCUAUGUUGGAGCCAGCUUCUCUCACUUCCAUUAUCUAGGAAGUAAGAGGAUAGAACACAUUUUUCCUCCACCUGGCAAUUUCCGAUAAAUGUGAAAGCACAUGAAUGGCGGACACUUCCUGGUUGCCUCUGUGAUUUCCAUCCAGAACAGCAGCUUUGUGUAUCCAUCAUGUCACAGUUGCUUUUCCAAAGUAUCCCUGCAAUUCAAACGAUACCAUUGCCAGAAGUGUGCUUGUUCGGGUGACACCAAAGAAGCAAACUACAGGUACCGACUUUCGCUGGAGGUAGCCGACACCCAUGAUGUUUUUGAGGUCACAGUAUUUGGAAGCUGCUUAGAUACCUAUUUUGGAGUUACAGCCAAAGGCCUGCAAAGAUACAUCGAAGAACUGAACCGAGAAGCAGGAGAGGAUGGAAAUGAUGCCGUGUUUGGUGCAGUAUUUCAUGCCGUUGAAACUUGCUUUGUUGGGAAGAAGUUUGUCUUCAGGAUUAAGGGUUCUGACAUGCCCUACGUUGUCCCUUCUGACAAGCCCUUAUUGCAAAAUGGCCGCCCAAGGGAAAGAAGCACCAAAACUCUCAUCGCCUGUGAAAUGUCCCUGCCCCACCCUGGGCUUGUGGGCUACACCGUUAUCCAUUAUAUCAAACAGAAGCGAAGUUCUCCGUUUAAGCAGAGUCAUGAGGCUUUACGGCCUCCGGAUCAUGUCCUGGCAUCUGAUCACCCAAGCGGAGAAUUAAAGAGCCUCCAUCUCUCUGAGGAUUUGGAUGCGACUCAAUCAAGUCCCAAAAAUGGUUUUUUUACCCUCUGGCCAUACUCGUUCGGGCUUACUUGGUCGUCCACCUCAUCGGAAGACGCAGAACAUUCUGCAGCUUUAGAUACAUGCCAGGCCAGCUCGGAGAAGCAAAAAGACGAAGAUGGGUUUGUUACAUCAGACAACCAAUUGGCUUACAAUUUCAGGGGCCCAAACUCGACGCGAGAUAAGGGAGACGUACAUGAAGGUCAGAAGCCUUGUUUGUAUCCUUCUCCACAAAGUCUCACCACUAGGGACGGACUAGGAAGUAGACUUUCCGCGAAAGGAAACUGUGGUGAUAUAUUAGAAGGCCCCUUAGCAUCGGAGCCAAAAGGUUCAUCAUGCAAAAUUAGCAUCCAAUCCAGCUAUGGGCUAGCAAAUCCAUGGCACCCUUUGCCCCACCAGAGUCCUAAGGAACACCUUGCUUCCUCCUCUCCUCCCGGUGCCACAGGAGGUGUAACCGCUCCAGAAGUCUCCGCCGAAGGCUUGAUUGAAUUUCAUGCCACACUUGACAAUGGCAGCUCCACUACCAAUCUCCCAAACGGUCAAGAGCAGCGUCCUGUCUCGGUUCUCGAUGAAAAAUCAGGCGAAAAUAAAGAGAACGAGUUGCUCACAGAAGAAGAUGACUGUUCUUGGAGAGGAAGGGACAUCUUCUGUUUCCCACAGGUGGGUUCCAGUUGGCCCGAGGCCAAUUUUGAUGCUUCGGCAGAUCUCUUUGAUAUUAGCGCCCGGGGAUCGACGAAAAGCACUCCAGCAACGUUACGUGGGCCCCAGAUAGUCACGCCACGGGCUGGCACGCUGACCCCAAACUGUAUAACGUCAGAAUUCAUGCCAAGGCAAGGUAAGAGAAAUGCUAGCUGGACUACUUCUCAUUUGGGGUUAUCGUUGUAUGAUACAAUGGAUGUCUCAGUCCCCAAAACAAGUACUCCAAUUGUUGGCUCAGGGUUCAAGUCUGAAUGCAGCCCUGUUGGUACCCUGGACUUCACUCCCGCUCCGCGCUCCAUUCUCCUCGCAAGGCCUUGUCAUCCAGACAGGCUCUCUGCAGGGAAAGGAUCCUUUCUAAGCCAAUUCCCCCUGAAUAAAUUGCCCUGGGACAAGGCCAGGUGUAAAAGGUCUACGCUCCCGUCUAAAAACUCUUUAGUGAAACAGCUCAUCAGCAAGUUCUCACCGUCCGCAAGGCCAAGCAAUGCAGAAGCUGGCACGGACAGCCCGUGUGGACCUCUGAGCCGCCUCUCAGCCCAAGAGUCGCUGUCUGAAGAUGGUGGCCAAGGAGGGAGUCCUCCUUUGGGGAAAAUCCAAGAUCAGGAUGUAAAAUCGUGGAGAAGGAAGAGGACGAAAAGCUUCAUCAGGCUUCACAGCGAUGGGCGAGUUAUGGAGGGUUUUCCUCUUUAUGAAAACCAAGGAGGAUCCUCGAGUCUAAAGAACCUUUCGAAAUUAGCAAAAGUCAGAGUUCUUCCUAAAAAGCAGGAACCAGAAGAAGCUGAUGUUGAAGGCCAACCUGUACGUCAACAGAGAGCGACGCUUGGUGCGCCGGUCACUGAAUCGCCUGACAAACCACCUUUGGUAGACUUCAGCAGAUCAAAGCGGCUGCCCACACCUUCCCCCGUGCCUCACGUCGCAGACUGGUCUUCUGAACUCUUCUCCGGUCAUGACCAGCUGCCCAACGCGGAGGCCACCCUAUCACAGCCAACCUCUUGAAGACACCUUUCAUUUUGAAAUAACGUCUUUUCGGUCACAGUCGUACUUGGAGUACAGUUUCAAUAGUUGUAAAUUUGGAGCCGGGACAGCAAAAGCUUGUUUUUUUAAAAAAAAUAUAUAAAUACUGUAUAUAGCUGUGAUGGUGAACCUAUGGCACGUGUGCCAGAGGUGGCAUGCAGACCCCUCUCGGCUGACAUGUGCGCCCUCGCCCCAGGUCAGAUCUCCGUGGCGUUUCCUCCAUGACCUUCUAUUUCCCUGCAAACGAUGAAACAGAAGCUCACAAAAGAAAAAGAUCUUGCCUCUUGCCGUGCUGCCGAUGUUGGGAUGCCCCAAUUCCCACCGGCCAGCUGGUCUUCGGGUCUCUGCUGUGCAUGCGUGCAUUUCCGCGCAUGCACGCAUGUCCGUGCAUGCGCAUGUCUGCACACGUGCACGUGCACCUUUCAGUUUGGGCAUUCAUUGUCUAAAAGAUUCGCCAUCACUGGUAUAUAGCAGGGUUUGUUCAUAUUCCGUCGGAUCAUUUUAAGGAAUGGAUUAUAUCUAAAAGAGCCGCAACGGCGAACCUAUGGCACAUGUGCCACAGGUGGCACGUGUAGCCAUAUCAGUGGACACACCAGCUCAGCUCCAGUGCGCAUGCCAGCCAGCUGAUUUUUGGACCUUCUGGGCCCACCAGAAGUAGGGAAACAGGCUGUUUCCUGCCUCCGGAGGGCCUGCGGGGGGUGGGGAAGGCCCGUUUUUCUUUCUCACUGGCUCCAGAUCCUCUCUAUGCAUCUGGG